AUGGAAAGGCUCAAUAUAGAAUCAAUAAUUGCUCGAAUAUGGCAAGCAAACUCUGGUUCAGUCGAAGAUUCGUCACGCCAAGCUGAUUAUAUAAAAGAGGAAGCAAGAACUUUAUUUCGUCAAAAUGCACAUAUUACAGAUGAGAUAGAAAUUGAAAAUCAUAUUAAAGAAGCUGAAGCCAGAAUAGAAUUAACUUUACAUUAUGGUACACCAUAUCCACGUUUAACUAAUUUACCACCAAAUACUUUAGCCGCACAUAUGAAUACAUCAACGAAGGGAUCAACACCACCACCAUCGUCUAGUGGAAGUUUUACAACAACAACAACAAAUAAUAGUAAUAGUGUACAUGAAAAGAGUCGAAUAUCACGACGAACUGAACGUGCAUUAUAUGAAUCUGUUCCAGCUUAUUUAAAAUCAUAUACUUAUAGACCGAAAAAAUGAGGAGAAACAGUAUUAUGUCAUAAAUUUUCGUUUCUUUUUUCCUUCGUUAUUUAGAUAGUAAAUACAGAUUCAUUUAAAUAGAAGUACGUUUUUCUUCUUA